AUGAAGGUUGGGUUCAAAUCCUUCAAAGAGGUAGUGGAACAUGUAAUAGCAAUACUCAGUGAAGAGGAUGUAGAGUUGUUUGCCUGUACAGCAUAUCAUGUGUGGAGGAGAAGAAAUGCCUUUUUGUUUGAAGGAAAGUUUGAGAACCCAUCUCGGAUAGCCCAAGCAGCUCUUCAGUCGACCAAAGACUUUAAAGAAGCCAAUGACAGGGUGAAGGUGGACUUGAUCAAUGAAAGACCUACUGGAUUAACUACUUGGAGACCUCCACCACUCAACGUUUACAAAGCAAAUUGGGAUGCCUCAGUCGACCGAGUACACAGCAGAAUGGGGGUGGGAGUGGUGAUCAGAAAUUGGGAAGGAAGGAUAACAGCAACUCUGAGAUCAUCAAGGUGCAUUUUUCCUGAUGCUAAACUUGCAGAAGCAAUGGCUGCACUAAGAGCAAUUCUCCUUUGUAAACAGAUAGACAUUUCAAGAGUAUUGUUAGAAGGGGAUGCUCUCAAUGUGAUCAAAGAUAUCAACUCAGAGGCAAAGGACUGGAGCUCAGUAGGAUUGAUUAUACAAGACAUCAAGGCUGAACUUCAGAACUUGGAGUAUGGAUUGGUUGUUUAUAUAUCUAGAAACUCAAAUUGUAUUGUUCAUUGUUUAGCUAAGGAUGUACUAAAACUCUCUCAGGAGAGCAUAACAAUGGAGGGAAUCCGGCCUCUUUGUAUCCAACAUAUGCUAAAUUAA